AUGCUGCUGCUGCUGCUGCUACCCGGAAUCAAGUACUCCCAAUUCCUGCUCUUCUUCCUGGUGGUUCUCGCGAGCCACGCGAUCCACGCGAUCCACGCACAAGCCAACGCCGCCGCCGCCGCUGACGCCUGUAAAGCAGGGUCAUGCCUCGACUUCCGGUCUCUGUCUGCGAGCUGCGGCUACGACAUUGAUCUCGAUCAGUCGCGGCAAAAGACCUGGGACGAGACGAUGUGUGUUUGCAGUGAUUCGUCAUACACAAGAAUCAGCAACAGCUGCUUUGGUUGUAUUGGUGCGCUAGGCAUUGCCGGCUAUAACUCGACUCAAUGGGGGGACGAUUGCUACGAAGCAUAUUCACAGGCACCCCAGAAGUCCGCCGCCACCGCCGCCACCGCCGGGGUAGAUCGAGUUAUUUACAGUGCCCUUGUAAUGGCCGCGGCUAGUAUGAGGUUACAGCAUGUACUCGCGUGUACUGGCUGGUAG